CCUCAGAAUAGCGUGGCCCUGGCCUCCAUCCAGCUGCCCCCCAGCCUGUUCUCAACCCUUCCGGCUGCCCUGGCUCCCCCAGUCCCUCCAGAUUGCACCCUGCAACUGCUGGUCUUCAGAAAUGGCCGUCUUUUCCGCAGCCAUGGCAACACUUCCCGUACUGGAGCAGCUGGGCCUGGCAAGAGGCGUGGUGUGGCCACCCCUGUCAUAUUUGCAGGAACCAGUGGCUGUGGCGUAGGGAACUUGACUGAGCCGGUGGCUGUCUCACUGAGGCACUGGGCUGAAGGAGCUGAUCCCAUGGCAGCUUGGUGGAACCAAGAGGGGCCUGGAGGCUGGAGUUCCGAGGGCUGUAAGCUCCGCGUCAGCAAGCCCAACGUCAGUUCCCUGUACUGCCAGCACUUGGGCAAUGUGGCUGUGCUCAUGGAGCUGAGUGCGUUCCCACGGGAGGCGGGAGGCUCUGGGGCUGGACUGCAUCCUGUUGUGUACCCCUGCACAGCUUUGCUGCUACUCUGUCUUUUCUCCACCAUCAUCACCUACAUCCUCAACCACAGCUCCAUCCAUGUGUCCCGGAAGGGUUGGCAUAUGCUGCUGAACCUGUGUUUCCACAUGGCCAUGACCUCUGCUGUCUUUGUUGGGGGCAUCACUCUCACCAACUACCAAAUGGUUUGCCAAGCGGUGGGCAUCACUCUGCACUACUCUUCCUUGUCCACACUGCUCUGGAUGGGGGUAAAGGCUCGGGUCCUCCACAAGGAGCUCACUUGGAGGGCGCCCCCUCCAGAAGAAGGGGAUGCAGCACCAUCAGGUCCUCGACCUAUGCUCCGGUUCUAUUUGAUUGCUGGAGGGAUCCCCCUCAUAAUCUGCGGCAUCACCGCUGCGGUCAACAUCCACAACUACCGGGACCACAGUCCCUAUUGCUGGCUGGUAUGGCGUCCAAGCCUUGGCGCCUUCUACAUACCGGUGGCGUUGAUUCUGCCCAUCACCUGGAUCUACUUCUUGUGUGCGGGCCUGCAUUUACGGGGUCAUGUGGCCCAGAAUCCAAAGCAGGGUAACAGUAGGCUCGCUCUGGAGCCAGGGGAAGACCUGAGGGGUUCCACCAGGCUCAGGAGCAGUGGCGUCCUCCUGAGUGACUCUGGUUCCCUUUUGGCUACAGUUAGCGCAGGAGUAGGGACACCUGCGCCCCCAGAGGAUGGUGAUGGCGUAUAUUCUCCGGGAGUCCAGCUGGGGGCGCUGAUGACCACGCAUUUCCUGUACCUGGCUAUGUGGGCUUGUGGAGCCUUGGCGGUAUCUCAGCGCUGGCUGCCGCGAGUGGUGUGCAGCUGUCUGUACGGUGUGGCAGCCUCAGCUCUGGGCCUCUUUGUCUUCACCCACCACUGUGCCAGGCGUAGGGAUGUUCGGGCUUCCUGGCGCGCCUGCUGUCCUCCUGCUUCGCCCUCGGCCUCCCACGCCCCGCCCCGGGCCCUGCCGACUGCUGCGGAGGAUGGAUCCCCGGUGUUGGGGGAGGGACCAGCCUCCCUCAAGUCCUCCCCAAGUGGCAGCAGUGGCCGUGUACCGCCUCCCCCCUGCAAACUCACCAACCUGCAGGUAGCCCAGAGUCAGGUGUGCGAGGCAGGCGUGGCCGCCCACGGGGAUGGAGAGCCAGAGACCGUCGGCUCCCGCAGCCUAGCUCCCCGGCACCAUAACAACCUUCAUCACGGGCGCCGACUACACAAGAGUCGGGCCAAGGGGCACCGAGCCGGAGAGACUAGUGGCAAGAGCCGGCUCAAGGCGCUGCGCGCAGGCACGUCCCCAGGAGCUCCCGAGCUGCUGUCUAGUGAGAGCGGCAGCUUGCACAACAGCCCGUCCGACAGCUACCCGGGCAGCAGCCGCAACAGUCCCGGCGAGGGCCUUCCGCUCGAGGGUGAGCCCAUGCUCACGCCGUCGGAGGGCAGCGACACCAGCGUUGCGCCGAUCCCUGAGGCCGGGCGCGCCGGGCAGCGCCGCAGCGCCAGCCGUGACAACCUCAAGGGCGGUGGCAGCGCACUGGAGCGGGAGAGCAAGCGCCGCUCCUACCCGCUCAACACCACCAGUCUUAACGGCGCCCCCAAGGGGGGCAAAUAUGAGGAUGCCAGUGUGACCGGUGCAGAGCCCAUAGCGGGAGGAUGCAUGAAGACGGGCCUCUGGAAAAGCGAGACCACCGUCUAGGGCCAGGUUUAGCAUGGGCCGGUCACACCGGCUUGUUACUCCCAGAUCCUCGGUGGUUCAAGCCCUCUAGGGAUGUGUAGGCUUGAAGUGGCCAUGCUGAUGGCUGCCCUUGGGCUCACCGUCUUUAGUUACCCAGGCUGGGGACGGAGAGGCAGAUGCUUGCCACUCGUCUGGUGGACUACCCCUCAGUAGGAGCGACAGACAAUCCUAGACCGGUUGUGAUGGCCAAGAUGUUGGUGCCCUCCCAGGUAGGGAUAAAAGUUCCGUCAGUCUAGUGGAAGAGCCCAGCCCAGGUAGGCUCAGGAAAGGAGAGGGAAACCUGGGAACUGCAUUGGCCUCUUCCGGCCUCACAGGGGACCAUAUGACUGUCAAGGUCCCAGGCCUCUUCCCAGGUUUUGGCUUGGGAAACCAUCUUAGCAGAUGAGCCAGGUGCCCUGCCAGGGGUGUGACAGGUGCUGCCUUUUCAGAUCAACUAUGCAAGGGGUGGGAGGAGUGGGGCCCUGUGGUAGGCAGCUCUAGAGAUCGGUAACACGGAGGGGGCAGGUGGGAAAGGUGCUCAGAGAGAUGUAAUCCCCAGGGAGUGGUACACAGUUCUUCCAGCAGAGUUCAGAACAAAACCUGAACUCUACACACCCGAGACAGUGAUGCCCCUGGUACCUGAAGACUCUGGGGGAGGGCGCUGAUAUUGGAUCUGGGCACAACCUAUAUAAUGGUCUGAAUGAGACUCCACUUAGCUGCUCAAUUAAAGUACCCACCGCCUGCUCUCAGCCGCCCAAUUCUGAGGGACUGAGGGAAAGUGCCUCCAUGAGGCUUCUAUGGCAAAGCCAUGCUAAUAAUCCAAUUUCUAACUCCAGUUAGAAAACUAAAGUGCCAAACCAUCUCCCAACUCGCUGAAACCCAACCACACUCUGGGGCAGCAUCUGGGUCCAGGUUGCUCAAGAGUCUCUGCUUUCACUACUUGCUAAAAACUCCACUUUUCCCAACUUAAAUUGCCUUUUACCACAGAUCCACAUGGAAGUAGAGUUCUUGGGCCCUGUGAAGCAGGAGGGAACCCAGGUCUGGUUAGGUGAGAGAACCUAACCAGAAUGGGGAAGGGAGGAUCCAGCCUCCUUGAGAUGGGUCCCUUUAUUUAUGCUUGCUGCACAGACGAUAUUAGAGGGAAAAGCUUUGUAUUACUCUUCCACAUAUGCUGGCUGCUGUUUACAUACCCUGCCAAUGCCUUAGCACUGGAGAGCUUUUUGCAAUAUGCCAGGGAAAGGGGAGGGAGGGAGGGAGGGAAUGAAGUGCCAAAGAAAACAUGUUUUAAAGUUCUGGUUUUAUACAAUAGAAUGUUUUCCAGCAGAUGCCUCUUUGUUUUAAUAUAUUAAAAUCUUGCAAAGCCCUUUGAGCGACA